AUGGUUGUGAGAAGCGACGACAUAAACUUCUUCAGCGGUGUGGUUUGCGAUAACACGACUGGUGCAGUCACGUUUCUUGAACUCCCCGGUGGAUGUUUACGUGGAACUCUGAGACCAAACAGUAGCCUCUUCGAGUUGAGUCAUCUCCGUCACCUAAACCUCUGUUUCAACAACUUCGAUUCUUCUCCCUUGUCCUCUGCUUUUGGUCAACUCAAAAAUCUUGAAGUUUUGCUUCUCUCCUCUGCUUUUGGUCAACUCAAAAAUCUUGAGAAUAACCAUUUUGAAGCAAAGAUCAUAGAUCCUAUUUUCAAGUUGGUUAAUCUCGAGUAUCUCAGCCUCUCUUCCUUAAACAUAAGCCAUAUGGUUGACUUAACACUCUUCUCUUCUCUCCGAUCUUUGUCAUACCUUCAUCUUUCCAGAACCAGUUUAACACCAUGGAGUGUGAAUUCAGACAUCAAAGUUCCAAAGGAUAUGGAGAUCUUGAUCUUGUCUGGAUGCAACAUCAGUGAAUUCCCCAGAUUCUUGAAGUCCUUAAAGAAGUUAUUGUUUUUAGAUCUUUCCAACAACAGAAUCAAAGGGGACAUUCCUGAUUGGUUAUGGAGUCUUCCUCUUUUAGUCUCUCUGGAUCUUCACAACAAUUCAUUCACCGGAUUCAAAGGUUCGCUGGAUCAUGUUUUAGCUAAUUCAUCGGUACAAAUAUUAGAUAUUGCUUCGAACUCUUUCAAAGGUUCAUUCCCUAAUCCACCAGUCUCCAUCAUCAACUUGGCUGCUUGGAACAAUAGUUUCACAGGAGAGAUACCUCUCUCAGUCUAUAACCGAUCCGCUCUCGAUCUUCUUGAUCUAUCCUACAACAACUUCACCGGCUCAAUCCCUCCAUGUAUGGGUAAUUUUACCAUAGUGAAUCUCCAGAAAACCAAGUUGGAAGGAAACAUUCCAGACGAAUUUUGUAGUGGUGCUUUGACACAGACAUUUGACGUUGGAUACAAUAAGCUAACCGGAAAGCUUCCAAGAUCGCUCUUGAACUGCUCUCUCCUAAGGUUUUUAAGUGUGCAUCACAACAGAAUCAAUGACUCGUUUCCCUUCUCGCUCAAGGCAUUGCCAAAUUUGAAAGUCCUUAUUCUUCGUUCAAACAGAUUUUGUGGUCCUAUAUCUCCACCUGAUGAGCAAGGUCCUCUUGCAUUUCCCAAGCUCCAAAUACUUGAAUUAUCGCAUAACAGAUUUACCGAAACCUUACCAACAAAUUACUUUGCAAACUGGAGUGCAACAUCCGCCAAGAUAAUGAUGAAAAUAGGCUAUAUAUGGGAGUUUAUUUGUAUGAUCGGUUUGGCUAUGAAGAUACGUUGGAUUUGCAAUACAAAGGUCUAUACAUGGAGCAAGGAAAAGUUCUUACUUUCUACUUUGCCAUUGAUUUCUCUGAUAACAAACUCGAAGGAGAGAUUCGAAAAUCUAUUGGUCUUUUGA